AUGCCUCCACCUAUAGGAAACAUCAAAGCAAACUGUGAUGCUGCUCUCGCAGGUGACAGCUCUAGGGGAGGAUUGGGUCUUGUACUAAGGGACCACACUGGUUCAGUUAGGAAGGCGAUAUCGAUCCCAACCCGUCUUAGUUCAGUCAUUCAAGAUGAAUUGCUUGCUAUUCACAAUGUGCUUACUGUUGCCCUGGAUGAGGGCUUUUCCCACCUUCAGGUUGAAUCUGAUAGUAACACUGCGGUGGGGUAUAUUUUGAAGCACCACAGUAACCCCCCAUCUGAUGUUAUCGAUAUUAUCUCCGAUGUGCAAUGGCUUUCAGCCUCAUUCACAUCUAUUACUUUCUCUUAUGUUCCAAGGGCUAUGAACUUUGUUGUUGAUGCCCUGGCAAGGAAGGCCCUGCCUCUAGUAUAUGAGACAGUCUGGCCAUAG